CAAAUCUUGACACCAUGGCUUGCUGUACUCCCUGCUGCUGCAGCGUCCCCACCGGCCCCGCCACCACCAUCUGCUCCUCUGACAAAUGCUGCCGGUGCGGAGUCUGCCUGCCCAGCACCUGCCCACACGACAUCAGCCUCCUUCAGCCCACCUGCUGUGACACCUGCCCCCCACCCUGCUGUGAGCCUGACACCUACGUGCCAACUUGCUGGCUGCUCAACUCCUGCCACCCGACUCCCGGACUGUACGGGAUCAACGUGACGACCUGCGUCCAGCCCUGCUGUCAGAGUCCCUGUGAGCCCUGCUGUUAAGCAGCCACGGCUUUGCACAGGUUCCGUGAUGUGCUGCUCAACGUCCUACACAUCACCCAGCCUUCACCACGCUACUGCCUACAGCGGGCUAACGCCAUA